UUGAUUAAGCUUAAGUAGACAAAUUAUUUAGUUUAGGAUUAAAUUAAAACUGACAAUUUUAAGUGAAAAAACAUGCUUUUUUUAAAUUAAUUAACACGACGUUCCUUCCCGCCGUAAUUACUCCUCCUCUUUCUUUGUGACUCAAGUCUCUACAUCUUCAUUUUGUCCUCCAAAACCCUAACUCAAAUUAACAAUGGGCAGGAAACCCAAAUCACAAUCCGCCAAGAAAUCGGCUAAGUACCCGCAUUUCAAGCCCGGGUCCACAGUGGAGAUCAGUUCGAACGAGGAGGGGUUUCGGGGGUCUUGGUUCGCGGGCACCGUCAUUGGCCGCGUGUCUCCCGGAGAUCCUUCCAGAGUGCACGUGGAAUAUAUCAGCCUUUUCGUGGAUGAAGAGGGAACCGCACGUGUGAGGGAGAUUGUGGAUGUUGUGAUGCUAAGGCCCGUCCCGCCACCGGAGAAUGACCGCGAGUUCAAGUUUGGCGAGGAAGUGGAUGCUUUCCAUUCGGACGGGUGGUGGGAGGGCGUGAUAACGAAGGAUAACGGGGAGGGGAGGUUUACGGUGUAUUUCAGGAGAUCUAGGGAGGAGAUGGAGUUAUGGAAGGACCAGUUGAGGCUGCAUAGAGAGUGGGCAAAUGGGGCUUGGAAACCUCCAUUUGAGGAGGAGAACGCGAAGCUGAAUCAGGACAAGGUGGAGAAUUUGCCACUUGUAGAGAAAGUCAAACCUAGUGAAUCAGCAAAAGAGCAUAUGUAUAGCAGAGGAACACAAGUUGAAGUUAGCAGUGAUGAAAAAGGUUUUGAAUGUGCUUGGUUUGCUGCAACUGUUGUUGAACCAUUGGGAAAGGACAAGUUCCUUAUCGAGUACCAGACUUUGAAAACAGAAGACGAUAAAGCCUUUCUAAGAGAAGAGCUUGAUAUUCUGCACAUUAGGCCUUCUCCACCAGAAGUUAAAAUGGUCAAUAGUUUCAAGUUUCUUGAUGAGGUUGAUGCUCUCUACAAUGAUGGUUGGUGGGUAGGUGUGAUUUCUAGAGCUAAACGCAACUCAAAAUACAUUGUUUACUUCAAGACCACUAAUGAGGAGAUGGAGUUUCGAGACUCUGAGUUAAGGCUACACCAGGACUGGAUUGAUGGCAAAUGGGUUACGGCAUCCAGGGCUAUGGAGAUAUGAUCUUACUGGACAAAGGAAGAGAUCUUUGCCAUUACUGUGUGCAGUGUUGCUGCAUAGAUGUGUAGCUAUUAAGAAAUCCAUCCGAUCUGGGGCAUUUUGGCUGUAGUCGCUGUUUUGAGUUUUCUGGAGCAGUUUUGGACCCAUUUUCACAUCUGAAGAGUGUCUCACACUCUCACUGAUUAUUAGGUUCCUCGUACAUCAUCGUAUGGAUGUCCCACUGAAAUUUCUUCCUUAGUAGUCAAGUUGUUCCUUGCUUUUCUACCUUUUUUUUUUUUUUUUUCCCCAUGAAUCGACUCAGAGUUUCCCUUGAGUGGAUAUGCUUCUGAAAUAUAACCUGCAACCUUUUAUCCUUAAAUGUGUAUGAUCUUUGAUUUCUUUUUACUGCCAUUUUGAAAUCCAGAUAUGCGUGUGUAUUGUGUAUACAUUUCAUUAUUAAAUCUUUGGUGGCUAAAUGAUCCUAGAUGGAGAUCACAUAUUGAAAUCAAAUGGAAACUUGAGCUGUAAAAAAGAGCAAUCUUUAACU